AAGAAGUAAACAAGAAAAAGGCGCCAGUCGCGUUUCCCAAAUGACUGAGUUCACUUCGGGAGGUUAAUCUGUGAAUUAAACAUCGAGCCACAUUUACUGUAGCCUACAUUAGACAACAAUGUGUUCAGUUGAGUCUUUGAGAGAGUUUGUCAACGAGCGACUAACUGCUGCUGCUGAAGAAAUAUUGGGAGCUUUUAAAAGAAGCAUCGUCGAGUACGAGGAAGAGAUCGAUCGUCAGCGCAGACUGUUGGAUAUGGUUUUGAAGCCUGAAAUCAAGUUACACAGGACAGAGCUCCCACAGCAACAUGUGUGUAAGGAGGAGGAGGUUGUCCCUGAGCAGCAGCUGUGUAUUGAGGAGAGGAAGUCCAGUGUGGAGCAAGAGGAGCCAGAGCCUCCACAGAUUAAAGAGGAAGAGGAGGAAGUGUGCAGCAGUCAGGAGGGAGAGCAGCUUGUAGUGAAGCAGGAGACUGAUGGCUUCAUGUUGACUCCUGCUGAUGAGGAAAGUGAGCAGAGUGAAGAUCAGACUCUGGACUUCAUUCAUGAUGACACUCAAAGUGCAGCAGAGGAAGAGUCUGUUGUCAUUAUACCAGUUAUAAGCUCUGUGAUACCAACCAGUGAGCAGCAGCUGCUCUGUCACAACUCUCAUGUAGCUGAGAGCCAAGAUGAGGAAGAAUACCAGCAUGGAGACUCAGGAUCAACUAGAAACACAGAGCUUCAAGCAGAGAAAAGACAUCAUGAAAGUGAAAUGAACAGUAACAGUCCACACACCUCUGCUGUGAUAAACUUAAAUACAGGUAAAAAGCCUUUAAAAUGUGACAUAUGUGGGAAAGGUUUUGAGCGCAAGUCAAAAUUGCAGAGACACCUGAACAGCCACACAGGUGAGAAGCCAUUUUCUUGCAAAACAUGCGGUAAAAGACUCAGUAAUAAGUCAGGAUUGGAAAGGCACAUGACAAUCCACACAGGUGAGAAGCCGUUUUCUUGCAAAACAUGUGAGAAAAGAUUCAGUGACACAUCAGCAUUGAACACUCAUAUAAGAACCCACACAGGUGAGAAGCCGUAUCUUUGCAAGACCUGCGGGACAAGAUUCAGUCAGAAGUCAGGAUUGGAAAGGCACAUGACAAUCCACACAGGUGAGAAGCCGUAUACUUGUAAUGUAUGUGGGAGAGCUUUCGGACGUAAUGAUGUCUUGUUAGCCCACAUGAGGACUCAUUCAAGUGAGAAGCCUUAUACUUGUAAAGUAUGUGGGAGAGCUUUCAGACGUGAUGCAUCAGUACUGAAAAGGCAUUGUGGAAUCCACACAGGUGAGAAGCCACAUACUUGUAAAGUAUGUGGGAAAGGUUUCGGAUUAAAUAGUGACUUGAAAGUCCACAUGAGAAUCCACACAGAUGAGAGGCCGUGCCUUUGCAAGACCUGCGGGAAAAGAUUCAGGAAUGUAUCCGCAUUGACAAAGCAUAUGAGAACCCACACAAGUGAGAGGCCCUACCUUUGCAAGACCUGCGGGAAAAGAUUCAGAGAGAAGUCAGUUUUGAAAAGGCAUUGUGGAAUCCACACAGGUGAGAAGCCACAUACGUGUAACGUAUGUGGGAGAGCUUUCAGAUGUAAUAGUGUCUUGUUAGUCCACAUGAGGACUCAUUCAGGUGAGAAGCCAUAUACUUGCAAAACAUGUGGGAAACACUUCAGAUCUAGGAGUAACUUGACAGUCCACAUGAGAAUGCACACAGGUGUAAAGGUGCAUGACUUGAGCACAGAGGUUCCAGUUGAAGUCACACAUAUACAGGAGAGAGACUGUUUACAUGCAAAACAUGUGGCAGAGCUUUCAGAGGCCUGUUCCAUAAAGCAUGCUAAGAAAAGUGGGGAGUGAAGUCCAAAUCCUGAAUUUUAAUUGAAAUUGCAGGUCUGGAAAAGUUAAACUAGUGAGAUAAAGAACAAAAGGAGGAGACUGCUUUAAAGUCUGAAUGAAUUUUAUACUUGCAAGAGUCAUGGAAAACCUGG